UUGCCUUGGAGAUCAAGUGUCUCGACCAUGAAGUCGUACAGCCAGUUGACAUCUGACUUUCUCUAGUCACGGACCGGCUGGGAUUGCUCCCGAGGUUCGAUGUUUGCCGAGCGUUAUCAGGGUCGGCCACUCGCGCUUGAGGCGGGAAACUUGGGGCAUGAUCAAUCACUUUUACCCCAGAGUUACUACCGAGUCUUAUAAAACCCGCCUCCAGCCAUGCCAGCGUCGUCCGCAAGAGUUGCUUUCUCGUGACAAGGACGUCCUUGCAUGAACACAUGUACAGCCUGGACCAGAGAGUCUACUCAAGCAUAUCGCGGCUUCAACAAUCACUCAUUCUGAGCACAUCACGUCUAAUCUCUGGUUCCCAUUUUCACGACUAUUAAGGCUAACGAUUGGCCACCGCGCGGGUAAUUAUCACUCUCCAGAGGGUUUUAUGGACUAGAUAUGCGAACCACGUGUGGGCACCAAGUAAACUGUCUUAUCGGAAGUGCCAGAUAGUCGUCGGGGACGCAGUUCGGACAAAAAUGGCGGUCUGGGAACUUCUCAACGUUUGCCCUCGCGUUGUUCUGUAUGUCGGACUCCUUGUAUCGUUAGCCUCUGGAUUCAAUGUGGACACGCUAGCUCCGAUCGUGAAAAGGGGAGAAGCAGGCAGUUUGUUUGGUUUCUCUGUCGCUUUACAUCGAGUGGAUGCAGACAACAGCAGUUCAACGUUAUUUCUUGUAGGAGCCCCUCAAGCAAACUACUUUGAUGAACCGUUCUUGAAGACAGGGAUGGUAUACACCUGUCCGGUUUCCACCUUCAGUGAAGACUGCAACCCCCUUGAUAUUGACUCUGCAAUCCCCCAGGCUCUUCAAAGUCUAUCAGGUCGCUGGCUUGGUGUGACCCUACAGAGUGCAGGACCAGGGAGACAUGUCUUGGUGUGUGCACCACGGUUCACUCGUUGGGAGGGGAACGAUCCCUCAGUGAAGCAAUUCAGUCGGAGCGGACAGGCUCGGCUGGUGGGGAGGUGCUACCACCUGCGAGCAGAUCUGUCUCUGGUGGACGCCGGAGACGCGGGGCCAGGGAUGUGGGAACCAUGUAAUAUGUUCUCAGGCCCCUCAAGCGGGUCCUCACACUGCCUGUCUGGGAUAGGGGCCAGUAUUUUUCAGCAUAGCAAUGAUGAUAGAGUUGACCUCGCAAUGGGAACUCCUACUGUUUACUAUAGCCAAGGAGGCAUGGUGUUUGUGCGGCACAAGGGAGACCCUGAUUCCCUGGCAUCCCUGGAGCUGGAGAAUGCACCGAGCAUCUACAGUACAGAGGAGCAAGACAGAGAAGGGGAGGAUGGAUAUCUAGGUUUCUCAGUGACUGUGAUGGACACUACACAGGGUGUGAAAUUUGUGGCAGGGGCACCAAGGGCUGCUGGUGGCAAAGGUGCUGUUGUUGUGUACAGAUGGCUUGAUGAUGAAUCCGAAUGGAAGACUCAGACAACGAUAGAGGGCCAGCAGCUGGCAGCUGGGUUUGGGUACGCCUUGUGCAAUGCUGAUGUCUCUGGAGACAGUGUCCCAGACCUCAUAGUUGCAGCCCCGUUCUACUUCAACACUGCAGGUGAUCAGGGCGGUGCUAUUUAUGUGUACAAGACUUCAAUGUCUGGGAAUGAGCUGUUUGAAGGGGAACCAUUCUCUGUCAAGUAUGGCAGCCGACAUUCCCACUUUGGCCUGGCAGUGACAAAUGCUGGGGACCUGAACAAGGAUGGCUUUCAAGAUAUUGCUGUUGGAGCACCUUUUGAGGGAGUCAGUGGCACUGUGUACAUCAUCCAGGGCAGUGCAAAUGGGCUGAGAACUACAAAUAUCCAGAGGAUUGAUGGCUCAUCACUGCCUGGAGACCUUGGCCUGACGACGUUUGGAUUUAGCCUGUCAGGAGGGCUAGAUGUGGAUGGAAACAGCUAUCCUGACCUGCUUGUUGGAGCUUUCAAAUCUGAUACUGUUGUCUCCCUCAGGUCCCGCCCCAUCAUACAUGUCCAGCCUGGGCUGAGCGUGAACCCUCCUGUGCUGGACAUGAACAUGGUGCUCCCAGGCUGUGCCAUGCGCCAAGGACGCAAAGUGCCAUGCUUUGAAGUUGACAUGAUUUUUCAACGGACAGCCACUGGUGAUGAGGCAGUUGAUAACAGGCGCUUCCGUGUGUCUAUCCGCCUGGAACUAGACAAGCCGUACAGGGACAGGACUGGUCAGAUGAGAGUGUUCUUCCCUGGAGCCAGGAAACAUGUUCUACAGCGGUCCGUUCGCUUACCUACAGCCUCUGGGAGGGCAAAGACAGUCAAAGUCAAGGCUUACAUAAAGGAAGGUGUGACAGACCUCAGCCCAAUACAAGUGACUUUGGACUACACUCUCAAGGUUCCCAGCCUUUCCAACAGCAGCACUGGCAUACCUCCUUCAUUCAACAUGUACCCCAUGCUGCAUCCAACUUCCAACACAAGUGUGGCACUGGAGCUUAGGAUUGCAGAAGACAAAAGUGACGGUUUUUACAUUCGCGGGACUAGCCGGCCAGCAAACAUGUACAUCAGUCAUGGAGCAGGGCCAAUGGAUUUCCAGUUCCUGUACCAGGUAUUGAAUCAGGGCCCAAAGGUGAGGAAAUCGACUACCUUGUACCUGUUUCUCCCAGUCAGCAUCUCGAAUGGCCAACUCUUCACAUGGGGAUCAGCAACAGGAAAGGACGGAGUUGCAGAGGUCUCCUGUAAGCAGGAGACAGAUGAGCCAAUACUCGCAUCUGAUUGGUCGGGAAAAGCUGACAUCAUUGGAGUCACCCAGGCCAAUUGGAAGAUGGUUGAGGAGGAGUGUAUUAGAAGCGCAGCCAGUUGGCAUGUAUACAGCUGCACCAUUGGACGCCUUGCAGCAGGAGACGAAGUGCUCAUUAAUCUAGAAGGAAAGGCCAUGGGCGAUGUAGCCCUGAAGGAAGUGCAUCGGGGCAACCAGCUAACAUUUAACACUUGUGCACAAAUCAAGUCUGAUACCAAGAGUCCUGUAUCUAAGGCAUCUAUUUCGUUGCUGAUUGAGGCAAAAGUCAAAACUCUGAGUGUGCGGCAAAAGCGUGAUGCACCUAGUGUCUGGAGCCCGAUGCCAGGGGAAGACAUGGAACAGUUUGGCUCCCGACUCUGUCAGCAGCUGGGGUCUGGCAACUGUUCUGACUGUCUGCAGACUGCCUUUUGGUGCGGCUGGUGUUCUGAACAGGAGUUCUCAGGUUCCCGUUGUGACAUGGUUCACCGGCUCACAGACCGAGGAUGCCCCACAGAGGAUGUCAUGAGCCCCAGGAGUGAAACAUUGAUCACCAGGAAUGAACCUGACUCUCCAGACAACAAGUAUCUUUUUUUCCGUCCACAAGAGGCUGUCAUGAAGAUGAGGCCAGGAAGGAGCCUGCCACUGUAUUUUGAGGUGCUGCCACCACCACCUCCUUCUGUCAAGGCCAUUGACUUGUACAUUCUCAUGGACAUGUCCAAAUCUAUGGCCGAUGACCUCUUCUUGCUUUGGGACUCCCUAGACAAACUUGUCCAGACAGUUAUCCACGGAGAGAAGCAUGUACGGCUUGGGUUCGGAACAUUUGUGGACAAGACUGUUCUUCCCUUCACAAACACACAUAACCUGGAUAAACCCUGCACGGGUUGUGCACCAGCCUUUAGCUUCCGUCAUGUGCAGGCACUGACAGACGAUUUCAGCGGGUUCAGACGCAGCGUCACAGAACAGAAGAUAUCUGGUAACAUCGAUACAGCAGAAGGCUUGUUGGAUGCCUUGAUGCAAGCCACUGUUUGUAAGGAACAGAUUGGUUGGAGACAUGAUGCGGCACGUUUGAUCCUAGUGCUGACAGAUGCCCCAUUCCACUGGGCUGGAGACGGCAGGCUGGGCGGCAUAGUGGAGCCUAAUGAUGGUCUGUGCCAUUUGGAUGAGAACGGAGAGGAUGCUGAGUCAACAAAACAGGACUAUCCUACUGUGGCUCUGUUGAAAGACAGAAUGAUGGACCAUAGAGUGUCAGCAUUGUUUGCAGUAACUCCUCGGAGAAUAGAACUGUAUGAGGAACUUUCCAAUCUUAUAUCAUCUGCCCCUUCCAACUUCUCCAGUGUGUACAGACUUCAGUCAGACUCUAAAAACAUUGUUGAGGUUGUUCAAGAUGUAUUGAAGAGAAACUUGACAUCCCUGCUGCACUCAAAGUUCAGUACAAAGCUUUAUGUGCAAAGUCCAGCAAACAGUACGUGGGUAUCACUGCACAAGGUGUCCCCUGAAGUGGAAACACAAGAAGCAGAGCAGUACACAGCCAACGUCACAUUCCUGAGCUGCAAUGGUGAGGCAGACCCAGUACAGUUUGACAUCAUGGCUGCGGGAGUGCCCCAUUCUCUACGUGUCACUGUGGAACCCAUAUGCCAGUGUUCCUGUGAUGAUAUACAGCCAAUGCCAUCCCAUCCAUCCUGCAGUGGACAUGGCAGCCUGAAUGGCUGUGGAGGCUGCAGCUGUGACCCAGGCCGACAUGGUGCCAUGUGUGAAUGUGAUGCCUCGGCUGAUGCAGACCCAUCAGUCUGCAGGAGGAGGGAAGGGGAGCCGGUGUGUAGCGGGCGAGGUGAUUGCAUCUGCGGAGAAUGUGACUGUUCUCCCAUAGGACCAAAUCCAGGGAAAAGAUACAGUGGGCAGUUCUGUGAAUGUGACAACUUCUCAUGUGAUUACUACCAAGGCGAAGUGUGUGGAGGACCAGAACAUGGUAGAUGCGAAUGUGGACAGUGUGUUUGUGAAGAAGGUUGGACGGGAGCAGCCUGUGAAUGUUCCACAAGUGUGGAUGUCUGCAGGUCCAGUAAUGGGUUGAUAUGUAACGACCGUGGAACAUGCAGCUGUGGCGUCUGCCAGUGUCAAGGAAGCUACCGUGGGCCACACUGUGAAGACUGCCCAACCUGUCCAGGGAUGUGUGAGCGGCUGCGUGUCUGUGGAGACUGCAUAGCAAGGGAAUCGCCAGACUGCAGUGCUGAGUGUGGGGAUACAAAAAUCACUACUGUUGAUGAACUCAGUGAUGGUUUUUCUGAUGGCGUAGAGUGGAAACUCUGCAGGUUCAAGUACUUUGGAAAUGACAGACUGGAUAGGUUGUUUGUGUUUGCCUACGGCUAUGAGGGAAACCAAGUGGUACUGCAAUACAGCUCCAGGUCUUUAAGUCCACCACAAAUCCCAGGAGCCCCAGGGUCCCUACAGCUGCGAUCUGUGUCCAACACCAUCCUCUUGACAUGGACAGCUCCGUCAGUACCUGAAACAGAGGUGGAUGGGUACCAGAUCGGGUAUGGACGGGGCACUCCUGAUGAGCAGUUUGUACGAGUUGGUGGGGAUCUCAGGACUUUUGUCUUAAAGGAUCUUGAACCAGACACAGAGUACAUCAUAAGUCUUAGAGCACUCAACAGAUUGGGACAAGGAAGACCUAUCUAUGAAGUCACCAACACUCUGCCUAUAGCUCCCCCUGAUACAACUGGUCCACUCCUGCCCCCCGUUGGGCUGAAGACACAAGUCUUGGGACCCAACACAAUUCUGGUGUCCUGGACAGACCCCGACUUGAUUGAAAAUCAGCUUGUGGAGAACAGAUACUACACAGUAAGGUGGAUGGCUGUUGGCUCCCCUGAUAGGAAGACGUCUUACAUCAACACCAACAAUCUGGAGUACAGUGUAACAAAUCUAAGGCAGUUCACUAAGUACGAGUUUUCGGUCAAAAUUAUGGAGGGCAAACGCCAGAGUCCAUACAGCAUUACAGUAGUCAACAGUACCUCACAACAGGGUGGCCCAACAUCUGCAGAACAGGCACCAGGCAGUCCUGCAUCUCUACGUCUGCAGCCUGGGCCCAACUCUAUCAGACUGGUGUGGACACCCCCAGCCGGCCCUGCGACUCAGCUGCAGGGAUACAUGAUUGGAUACGGGCGGGAAGUUCCCGAUGUGGAGAAAGUACAAGUCGGUCCAUAUGUUACAACAUAUGUCUUAAGAAACCUUGAGCCAGACACUCAGUACGUUGUGAGUCUUCUUGCAUUCAACAGCAUUGGAGAUGGAGCACCUGUCUAUGAAACAGCCAGCACACCGCCAACAGCAGCCCCUGACCAAACUGGUCUGUUGAUGUCUCCUGUUGGAGUGAAAGCCCAGGUCUUGGGGCCCAACUCCAUCCUGGUCUCCUGGACAGACCCUGCUGUCAGGGACAGUCAGACCCCAAUGGGUCAUGUUUACACAAUAAGAUGGAUGCCCUUUGGUGCUCCUGAUAGGAAGACUUUCUAUCUGAACUCCACCAGUAUGGAGAGUCUUAUUGCUGGUCUCAAACCCUACACCCAGUAUGAAUUUUCAGUGAAAGUUGUGGCUGGCAGAAGACAAAGUCCAUACAGUCUCUCAGUAGUCAACAGGACUGCACAGGCAGUCCCAGGCACGGCACCCCAGAAUGUCACAGUGCAAGGGAUGGAGGAAAAUCCAACUCAGGUCAUCUUGACCUGGCUCCCCCCUACAGAGCCCAAUGGCAUGAUUACAGGUUACUUUGUCCUGUACACCACUGAUCCGAGAAAAGAUGUGAGAGACUGGGCAGCACAGGCAGCCUUGGAUGUCAACAGUCUUGAGUUCAAGAUUACUGGCUUGGAGCCUGGAACUAGAUACUACUUCAUUGUUCAGGCCAGAAAUGCUGUAGGAUACUCCCCCAGAUCACCAACCGUGGUAUUCCAGACAAUAGAUGAUGAGAAGUGGGCUGAAGAGGCUUCCUGCCGUCAGACAGAGUCCAGCCCGCCGUGCUCGGGCCAUGGUGACUGUGUGGCUGGCUUCUGCCAGUGCCAUACCCAUGACGACCACCCUGACUCCAGGUACUAUGGGAAGUACUGUGAGUGUAACAAUCUGGGCUGCCCUUACAGUCGUGGGCUGAGGUGUGGGGGUCAUGGCUACUGUGACUGUCAGUUGGAACAGGGAGGGAACAGUACCUGUGUUUGUGAGGCUGGAUGGACUGGUCCUGACUGUGACUGUUCAACAGAUCCAGAUCCUUGUCGUACCGACAGUGGGGUUUUAUGUAACAACAAUGGUGCAUGUAUAUGUGGAGAAUGUCAGUGUGAGGAGCCAUACACAGGACCUACUUGUGAAGACUGCCCGACAUGUGCAGGCAGCUGUACCCAGCUGCGCAGCUGUGCAGAGUGUGUGGCAAACAACCGUGUGGACUGUGACACCGACUGUGGCAGCACCACAACCUCUUUCAUGGACGAGCUUCCCCAGGGACCACUUCCUGCAGGAAAAUGGAAAUUGUGUGAAUUUGUGGAUCCAGAAAAGAACCUUCCUUUUGUCUUCUCAUAUGAUCCCGACUCUGAUAACAUUGUCUUACACUUCAGACAAGUCGAGGUCAUGCCUAGUUCCACCACACCAGAGCCAGUCAGCACCAGCACAGAGCCUUACCAGCAGACUACAACAGUGCCAGAACCCGAUGGAACCGUGUCACCUGCCACCAGGACCCGUCCACGAUCCACCCCCCGGCCGUCCCGGAUCUCCCGCCUGCUGCCCUGCUGUGUCCUGUCAGCUAACGAGGAGUGCCAGGACAAGUGUGGCCGAGUCCUGCUCACCGCCACCAACAACCAGCAGGUCCUGAGAAACCUCAUCUCUGCGUGUGGCAUCCCCAGUGUCACCGACCCGCUGUGGAGCUGUUUCUUACGAGCCAGCUCUACCGCCGGGGAGGUGGAGCCGCCACCCACACCACAGCCUUUACCAGAGAGAACAGCAACAACUGGAAGAUUGUAUCCUGCCCCUAGCAGUACCACAAAGACUACAACAAUUAGAGAGGAGGAUGCAGACACAACAGUUCCUCCCACAACAACAGUCCUUCCUACUUCAACAACAGCACCAACAACAAUGGCACCAACAACAGUUCUUACAACAACAGAAGCAAAGGUACCAGAGACAAACUGUGAAGAUGAAAUUUGUCCAGUUACAUGGUGUUCCUACCCCUACAGGCCUCCAGGAACAUGCUGUCCCAUAUGUGAAGAUUGUGACUAUGAAGGCAGGUUUGUCGAUAACGGGGAUAUCUUUGUCCUGGAGAAUGAUGUCUGCACUAUCUGUUUAUGCGCACUUGGUUGGGUUGACUGCAGUCCUGCCUUCUGUCAAGAGUUGUCCUGUAAUAAAACUAUAGUGCCCCCUGGAAAGUGCUGUCCUGUUUGUGAAGAUGACUACAUUCUACUGGGAGGACUGCCUGACUACUCACCAACAUCAGAGGUUGACAUCUAUGGGGAGGAGUUUGACAACUGCCGUCCCAUCUACGGCCCGAUCUGCUCGGGCCACGGAACAUGUGUCAACGGGGCAUGUCAGUGUGAGUCUUUCCCAGAAGAACCCGAGAAGUUGUACUACGGGCCACACUGUGAGUGCAACAACUUUGACUGUAAAAGCCAUGAGGGGCAGAUAUGUGGCGGCCAUGGCCAGUGUGAGUGCAGCUCCUGCCUGUGUGACGUGGGGUGGGAGGGGUCAGCCUGCAACUGUUCUGUAGGGGUGGAGAACUGUACUGCACUGAACGGGCAACUGUGCAACCGACACGGGGAGUGUGAGUGUGGUGCCUGUCAAUGUGAGGCUGGAUACACAGGACCCACAUGUGAAGAAUGCACGAACUGCCCAGAGCUGCAGUGUGAGGACUUUGAGACCUGUGUGGACUGCAUGUACUGGGAGCUGACCAGUGGCUGCACCGAGGACUGUAACAACUUUGAGAGCCCAGUCGUCAUGGUGGACAACUUGAACAUCACUGAAGAAUUGGAGGCAGGAAGAAAACAGUGUCAGUACAUUGCAGAAGACCUGCUGGAUGAAUGCUAUGCAAACUACACUUAUGGAUACAACGAGGAAGGAAUUAUAGACAUACGCAUCCCAUCAGCUGUAACAUGUGACUAUCCAGACUAUAGUAACUAUGACUGGGACUUUGAUGAAGAGGAUUUACCUGAUUUUGAAUACAAAUGAGAGAAAAAUCACAGUGUCAAAUAAGUAAACUUAACUCAUAGAAUACAUGUAAGUCAAUCACCUUGCAGAGGACUGCCUGUUCAUCAGCAACAUUAGAAUCAUGAAAAAUGAAGAUCAUUUAAUCGUCCAAAGUGUCUUUGCUCUCCAUACUUUGCUUGAUCGAUGUUGAGUAUUAAUAUGAUCAUAUUCAGUCCUUUGAUGGUUUUGCUCAUUGCCAUCAAAUAUAUUUAUAGGUAAGUUUUAUUAGAUAAGAUUUUCAUGAGAACAAUGAAUGUAUGUUGCACACCACUAGAAUUUUUAUUGGUGUUGUAUUAGUUUUUUUUUUAGAAAAAAAACAAUGUAUGUAUGUAUAAUGUCACUGAAAGGAGCCCUUUAGAAAUUUAAGGUACCAAGAUUGAUUUAUUCAUGUCAGUGAUAGAAAUGCCAAUAAAAUGUUUGUCAUAGUUUUGACAUUACGUUGUU